AAGUUGAAAAAACAAGAAACCGCUUUUUUAUGAAUGCUUACCAAUUCAAAGAUGAAUUUGCAUAUUCAAUCACAAUUAAUCUAUUCAAAGAUGUGCUUAUAGGUGAUUUUAUUUGCAAAACUCGAACAUUCUUCGAGACCAGAUGUGACAUUUUGGUAGAUUCCUUAGCCGGAGCUGAAUACUAUUAUGUUGAGCAGUCACAAUGGAAACAAUACCAUCUAGUUACAAUGUCAUUACAUUUUCAAAAUAGUGCAAACACAAAGUCGCAUAAUAAACAAAACACGCUACUACCAUGUCGUGUUUCUGAAUUCACGAAUAUCUUCGAAACCAAAUGUCUUUCUAUUCCAUUAAGAAAACACAACAUACUUCAUUCAUUUUUAACCUCUUCCCUUUUUCUCAAUCUUUCUACCACUCAUUAGCCACACAUCAAACCGCUUCUGUUGAUUCCUUUCCUCCACAACCAACCACCCACUACGGUUACACUUCAUUGCUCCAAUCUUGUAUUGAUUCGAAGGCGUUAAACCCCGGUAAACAGCUCCAUGCUCAAUUCUACCAUCUGGGUAUUGCUUACAAUCAGGACUUAGCCACUAAACUUGUCCAUCUUUAUGCGGUUUCGAAUUCUCUUCUUAAUGCACGUAACCUGUUUGAUAAAAUUCCCAAACAGAAUUUGUUUCUGUGGAAUGUUUUGAUUCGCGGUUAUGCCUGGAAUGGGCCUCAUGAUAAUGCCAUUAUACUAUAUCACAAGAUGCUUGACUAUGGGCUCAGGCCCGAUAAUUUUACUUUACCGUUUGUUCUUAAGGCGUGCUCGGCUCUUUCUGCUAUUGGAGAGGGAAGGAGUAUACAUGAGUAUGUGAUAAAAAGUGGGUGGGAGAGAGAUCUUUUUGUAGGUGCAGCUCUUAUUGAUAUGUAUGCUAAAUGUGGUUGUGUGAUGGAUGCCGGUCGCGUGUUUGAUAAAAUUGUUGUGAGAGAUGCUGUGUUGUGGAAUUCUAUGCUUGCAGCUUAUGCUCAAAAUGGUCACCCUGAUGAAUCAAUUUCUCUAUGCCGGGAGAUGGCUGCAAAUGGUGUUAGACCGACCGAGGCUACUCUUGUGACUGUGAUUUCAUCUUCAGCUGACGUUGCAUGUCUACCUUAUGGGAGGGAAAUCCAUGGAUUUGGUUGGAGACAUGGAUUUCAAUCGAAUGAUAAGGUUAAAACUGCUUUGAUUGAUAUGUAUGCAAAAUGUGGUUCUGUGAAAGUUGCACUUGCUUUGUUUGAGCGGCUUCGGGAGAAAAGAGUUGUUUCUUGGAAUGCAAUUAUUACCGGUUAUGCAAUGCAUGGUCUUGCUGUUGGAGCUUUGGACUUGUUUGACAAAAUGCGGAAGGAGGAUCGGCCAGAUCAUAUAACCUUUGUUGGUGUUCUUGCGGCUUGCAGCCGAGGGCGUUUGUUGGAUGAAGGACGAGCGCUGUAUAACUUGAUGGUGAGGGAUUAUGGUAUCACUCCUACAGUUCAACAUUACACUUGCAUGAUUGAUCUCCUUGGUCACUGUGGUCAACUGGAUGAGGCAUAUGAUCUUAUAAGAAAUAUGAGCGUAAAGCCGGAUUCUGGUGUAUGGGGUGCUUUGCUGAAUUCAUGUAAAAUCCAUGGGAAUGUGGAGUUGGCUGAGUUAGCUUUAGAGAAACUAAUUGAGCUUGAGCCUGACGAUUCUGGAAAUUAUGUGAUUUUGGCGAACAUGUAUGCUCAAUCAGGCAAGUGGGAAGGAGUGGAAAAGUUGAGACAGGUAAUGAUAGACAAAAGAAUAAAGAAAAACAUUGCCUGUAGCUGGAUUGAAGUAAAGAACAAAGUGUAUGCAUUUCUUGCCGGAGAUGUUUCACACUCAAAUUCUGAUGCAAUAUAUGCAGAGCUCAAGAGAUUAGAAGGACUAAUGCAUGAAGCUGGAUAUGCCCCAGAUACAGGAUCUGUUUUUCACGACGUGGAGGAAGAUGAGAAAACAAGUAUGGUGUGCAGUCACAGUGAAAGACUAGCUAUUGCAUUUGGACUCAUAAGUACAUCGCCAGGAACCCGGCUUUUAAUAACAAAGAAUCUCCGAAUUUGUGAGGACUGCCAUGUUGCUAUUAAGUUCAUCUCAAAGAUUAUGGAGAGGGAAAUUACUGUAAGAGACGUUAAUCGCUAUCAUAGUUUUAAACAUGGUAUGUGUUCAUGUGGCGAUCAUUGGUGACAAGGAUGCAGUCUAGUUGGGAAAACUGGCCAACACAAUUACACAACAUCUCUCACAUCAGAGUUUUGUCCAAAAUAAUUGAGUUCAUUCAUCCAUAGAGCUGAGUCCAUAUCUAUAUCUAAAUCUAUAUGAGCUAAUGGUACAAAAUUGUCAAAUUGAGUAUGGAUAUCUAGCACUAGCAUUUACAUGUGGCAUUGUAUCAUUGAAAUCAAUAACCAUGUAAUGCUAAAUGGUGCAAAAUUUUGAGAAUGGAUAUGCUAGCAUUUACUUGUGGCUUUGUACAUUGAAAUUAACAAUGGUGUAUUGUUUAUCAACCUUAGUUCUUAUUUGAAAACCGAUUACCCCAUA